UGAGGGAAGGAGCGGGAGAGUGGCGGGGGAUGUGUGCUGUUCCCAUCAGCCCAUCAACUCUUUUCAUUCUGCAGUGGACAAGAUAUGGUGAGCAUCCUCCAGUUAGUUCAGAAUCUGAUGCAUGGAGAUGAAGAUGAGGAGCCCCAGAGCCCCAGAAUCCAAAAUAUUGGAGAACAAGGUCAUAUGGCUUUGUUGGGACAUAGUCUGGGAGCUUAUAUUUCAACUCUGGACAAAGAGAAGCUGAGAAAACUUACAACUAGGAUACUUUCAGAUACCACCUUAUGGCUAUGCAGAAUUUUCAGAUAUGAAAAUGGGUGUGCUUAUUUCCACAAAGAGGAAAGAGAAGGACUUGCAAAAAUAUGUAGGCUUGCCAUUCAUUCUCGAUAUGAAGACUUCGUAGUGGAUGGCUUCAGUGUGUUAUAUAACAAGAAGCCUGUCAUAUAUCUUAGUGCUGCUGCUAGACCUGGCCUGGGCCAAUACCUUUGUAAUCAGCUCGGCUUGCCCUUCCCCUGCUUGUGCCAUGUACCCUGUAACACUAUGUUUGGAUUCCAGCAUCAGAUGGAUGUUGCCUUCCUGGAGAAACUGAUUAAAGAUGAUAUAGAGCGAGGAAGACUGCCCCUGUUGCUUGUCGCAAAUGCAGGAACGGCAGCAGUAGGACACACAGACAAGAUUGGGAGAUUGGAAGAACUCUGUGAGCAGUAUGGCAUAUGGCUUCAUGUGGAGGGUGUGAAUCUGGCAACAUUGGCUCUGGGUUAUGUCUCGUCAUCAGUGCUGGCUGCAGCCAAAUGUGGUAGCAUGACGAUGACUCCUGGCCCGUGGCUGGGUUUGCCAGCUGUUCCUGCGGUGACACUGUAUAAACACGAUGACCCUGCCUUGGCUGGAGCGCAAUGGUGCAAUCUCGGCUCACUGCAUCCUCCGCCUCCCAGAACUGAUAGUGCAUCAGCCGACCCAGGUAAUUUAAAAUAUUCUUCAUCCAGAGAUAGAGGUGGUUCUUCCUCUUACGGACUGCAACCUUCAAAUUCAGCUGUGGUGUCUUGGCAAAGGCACGAUGAUACCAGAGUCCACGCUGACAUACAGAAUGACGAAAAGGGUGGCUACAGUGUCAAUGGAGGAUCUGGGGAAAAUACUUAUGGUCGGAAGUCGUUGGGGCAAGAGCUGAGGGUUAACAAUGUGACCAGCCGUGAGUUCACCAGUGUUCAGCAUGGCAGUUGUGCUUUAGCCACCAAAGACAUGAGGAAAUCACAGGAGAGAUCGAUGUCUUAUUGUGAUGAGUCUCGACUGUCAAAUCUUCUUCGGAGGAUCACCCGGGAAAACGACCGAGACCGGAGACUGGCUACUGUAAAGCAGUUGAAAGAAUUUAUUCAGCAACCAGAAAAUAAGCUGGUACUAGUUAAACAAUUGGAUAAUAUCUUGGCUGCUGUACAUGAUGUGCUUAAUGAAAGUAGCAAAUUGCUUCAGGAGUUGAGACAGGAGGGAGCUUGCUGUCUUGGCCUUCUUUGUGCUUCUCUGAGCUAUGAGGCUGAGAAGAUCUUCAAGUGGAUUUUUAGCAAAUUUAGCUCAUCUGCAAAAGAUGAAGUUAAACUCCUCUACUUAUGUGCCACCUACAAAGCACUAGAGACUGUAGGAGAAAAGAAAGCCUUUUCAUCUGUAAUGCAGCUUGUAAUGACCAGCCUGCAGUCAAUUCUUGAAAAUGUGGAUACACCAGAAUUGCUUUGCAAAUGUGUUAAGUGCAUUCUUUUGGUGGCUCAAUGUUACCCUCAUAUUUUCAGCACUAAUUUUAGGGAUACAGUUGGUAUAUUAGUUGGAUGGCAUAGAGAUCAUACUCAGAAACCUUCGCUCACGCAGCAGGGUGGUUGCAGAGUUUGGAGCCAUUUUGGGUAGCUGAUCUUGCAUUUUCUACGACUCUUCUUGAUCAGUUUCUAGAAGACAUGGAAGCAUAUGCUGAGGACCUCAGCCAUGUGGCCUCUGGGGAAUCAGUGGAUGAAGACGUGCCUCCUCCAUCAGUGUCAUUACCAAAGCUGGCUGCGCUUCUCCGGGUAUUUAGUACUGUGGUGAGGAGCAUUGGGGAACGCCUCAGCCCAAUUCGGGUCCUCCAAUUACUGAGGCAUACGUAACAGAUCUUGGAUCCUAGCAUGACUAUACAUGGUGACAUGGUCAUUACAUAUGGAUUAGACCAACUGGAGAAUUGCCAGACUCGUGGUACCGAUUAUAUCAUCUCAGUCUUGAAUUUACUCAUGCUG